AUGGAGCAGGACCACAGUCCCCGGAAGAUCCAGUUCACGGUCCCGCUGCUGGAGCCGCACCUGGACCCCGAGGCGGCGGAGCAGAUUCGGAGGCGCCGCCCCACCCCAGCCACCCUUGUGCUGACCAGUGACCAGUCAUCCCCAGAGGUAGAUGAAGACCGGAUCCCCAACCCACUUCUCAAGUCCACUUUGUCAAUGUCUCCACGACAACGAAAGAAGACGACAAGGACCACACCCACAAUGAAAGAGCUCCAGACGAUGGUUGAACAUCACCUGGGGCAACAGAAGCAAGGAGACGAGCCUGAGGGAGCCACUGAGAGCACAGGGACCCAGGAGACCUGCCCACCUGGGAUCACAGACACAGGAGCAGAGCCACGCCUGGGCACCUCUGGGACAGCACAAAAGCCUGCAGAACCCAUCCCUAAAACUCAGGAGCGUUGCAGUGAGAAACCCAGCACCCAUAUACCACCAUUGGAUUCCCAGGGAGCCAACUCGGUCUGAGAGGAGGAGGCAUCCUGGACCCACAACUGCAGUUUGACAAUGCAUGGACACUGGAUCUGUUUCUUAUUUCUUCACUUUUGG